AUGCUGGCCCCGGGUUUAGUUGUACUUAAUUCAGCCGCCAAAAAAUCAAAUGGCCAUUCAUUUCAAACUUUUGAAACUUGUGAAACUGACAAGAUAGCAGAAUGUUUGACUUUUCCUAGUGUGGGUGGAGAUAACACAAUAGCCUUGAUCGAGGAUAGAAUACAGCCUAUGGGGCUAAAUGGAUUACCUAUUGCAGACUCUCUUACGUUGGGCGGCCAGGUUGAUUCUUCUCCAUCUGCCACUUCUGGCAAUGGUAUGAUUAUAAAUGCAUCUACCUCACCAUCAAGAUUAGAACCCCCAGCGCCCUACAUACUUUCGCAUCACGCUUCUUUCGAAAAAGAGGGUCUAGGGUUAUCUAAGUCAAGAAACAGAAACAGGAAAUGGCGACCGGGCAGAAUGGUGAGGCGUGCUCGAAAAAGGCGGCAACAGGAGCAGACUUUCGCUAGCUCAGCCGAAGUUGGGUCUACUAAAUCAGAUCCUUCUGUUUCAUACUUGGAUGCCUGCCAGGAAGGCAAUAAUCUUGUUCACGACAGCUCCCCAUCAGCCGAACUUUUCUGCAAAAAUGACGCAUCAGAUGCUCAUUUAGAUCUUGGCGAAACGCAUCAGUUCCAAGAAUCUAAAUUAGCAGCUGUUCAAGAGGCUAGCCGCUUCUGCCAGUCUGCCUUAAGAUUUAAAAGCAAGGAUUUAGAACCCGCAUCUGCUAUGAGCCCAGCCCCUGUAAACAUAGGCUCUGCAGGCAUGCUUGGGCAGAAUAACUUCAGACGACCUCUUUUCCUGGAUUCGCUCUUCCAGACCGGCCUAUUAUCCGAUGCUAGGAGAUCAAGGCGUAGAAAUCGAGCUGAUGAAGACGAGAAUCAGUCAGAAACAUGCAAGCUACAGUUAGGGGCUAUGGAAAAACAUGAUCAAGAAGAUUUCAACAAUCGGCCAUUGGAGUUGAAUGAUACGCUAUGCACCUGGGACUCAUAUGAGAGGUCAAGUGUCCAGGAACUGGGUAUUAAGGUUCGAUAUGUUUUUUAA